AUGCAUCGUAAAUGGACCAAAUUUUUUUUUUCUCUCUCUUCAGUUGAGCUAAUCUUUACCAUCUCAUCACAUCUGAUCCUCACCCAUCCCUGUGGUCCCCAUUUUCCAGUCAUGGAUGAUGAUAACACUUUUGAUAUAGUCCGCGCUCAAUCCCCUAAAUCAUACUUGUACACAUCAGUCGCCUUGACUCAUUUAGGGGAAGUUGCAUCAAAGAUCAUUUCAACUCUAAUUGCUCAUGGCCGUCAAACAGCCAAAGAAUUGAGUCAACGCACUCAACUUACUUUAAAAUCGAUUAAAUCAGCACUUGUUUCCUUGAUUCAACUUAGUUGUGUGAAUUUCUGGCAAGAGAAGGAUAAAUCUACCUACUAUUCAUUUAAUGAAACUGGGUUAAAGAUAUUAGUCAACAGUGGAGAUAUUUUGAACCAUAUCACUCAAGAAUAUGGUGAAGAAGAAGCGGAGGCAGUGCAGAAUGUCAUGGAGUUGGGACACAUCAAAUUGGAAGAAUAUCUCAAACAAUUCGAUCAAGAUAAACCACAACGAUUAACCAAGGAAAAGAUCAUUCUUAAAUUAUUCAAUGAUGGAUGGUUAAAGGUGCUACGCAUUUAUGACUAUCAUGAUAUGAAUGACAUUUGGAAUCAAUUGUUUGAAGAUACAAUGAAAAAAACGCCUCGAUCAGCAACAACUUCAGAAAUUAAACGUGUGGCUGAAAUUACAGCUACUUGUAAAGAAAAACUAUCACAACUCACUGAAAAUCAACUGACUUCGGAUUUGUAUGUUAGUGAACACGGAGUAAAGAAAUUGAACCCCGAAUUGGUGCUAUGCUUCAAUAUUUCACGAUUCCAAAAACAUUCCCGUACGAAAGCAUUCACUAAUUUGGCCAAAUCGAGAAUUGGUGUACUUUCAGCAAAAAUCUUCGAAGCAGGAUUGAAAUCUAUUGAAAGUAACACACCUGAUUUGACGCAUCCAUUCCUUGAAAUUGAUGGGUUAUUGAAUGGACCUGGUGAUGUUGAUGAUUUCAAAAAUAGUCAAGAAAGUGGGUUAGUAGCGGAAAAGAAGAUCAUCUUUACCGCCAAGGAUAUUUUGAGAUACCUACCCAAGGUCUUGGAUCUUCGUGGGUCUGUCAUAUCUGAUACACUGGGUACCAAUGUCAAAAGAGGACAUCCAGAAGAUGUUAAUGAUGAUGACAAUGGGGAAGCUACAAAAAGGAUGAAACUAGAAAAUGGACAUAGUUUAGCCACAUCAUCCACAUUUGACUCCGACGACGAUCAAAAAAUGUCUACUAUUCAACAACAUUUACAACUUCUUGCGUCAGGAACCAAUACCAAGUUCAUCGUCGAGGUAUCACCCGGUCGUUACACUGUAUCAUUUUUCCACCUUUCACAAGCCGUCAAACAAUUCAACUACGAAUCCCUAAUUAAAGCUACUAUGAAAGAUGAUGCAUUCCGGGUCCUCCGAUGCAUCAAACAAUUACGGUUAGCUGACGAGAAGUCAAUUGCUCAAGGUGUAUUACUCAAGGAGAAAACGGUACGAAGUCAAGUUUAUCAACUUGUUAAAGCCAACAUUGUUGAAAUUCAAGAAGUCCCACGUAGUGCCGAUCGUGCCGCUUCCAAGACUUUUUAUUUAUUUCGAUACAAACAACAACCAAGUUAUGAACAAUUGGUUAAUAGUCUAAUCUUUGACAUGGGUGAAAUUAUCAACAUUAUCAACACAUUUGAACAAGAGAAUAAGAUUCUAUUAGACAAGUGUCAGCGUGUUGAUGUACAAGGACAUGAAGAGGAAUACUUGAUUGAAUCGGAAUUGAAAACUUUGCAUAGUUUGCAAAAUAGAAAAAUCAAGAAUAUUGUCAGGUUUAAUAGAAUCAAAUCCUUGUGGGAUAUAUAUAGCUUGUAA